UUUAUCCUAGCCAAUGCAAUUAGACCUUAAUCUUUUAGAUAGGCAGGUCCACAUCAGCCAUUGACUGACUUUUACCAACCUGCAUUAACAAAUUAACUAUGUAUGUAUGUAUGUAUGUAUGUAUGUAUGUAUGUAUGUAUGUAUGUAUGUAUGUAUACAGAAGAAAUCGAUAAAUCAUAUGGGAGGUUAACGUUUUAUUUAUGUUCUUCUGAUGACUAUCUGGACAGAUCUGGACAACCUUCUGUUCGAAGAUGACGAUGACAAAAGUUUAGAAGAGCCUGUGUUUGUCACCGAAAUCCAGGACAUUCCUUCACACGACAACGACAACAGUGACAAUGAAGGCAACCCAUCAUUGGUAACAGAGGCCCAACUGACAUCAUCAGAGUCACGAGAAGUGGAAAGUGGAAAUGAAAGGUCGAUAGUUUGCCCUAUAUGCCACUCAUUAUUUCCCCUCUCAGUUAUUGAAGGGCAUGCUGAUCAAUGUUCCAUGUGGUUACUCGAUGACGAGGAACAGCCGUGUGACAGUCAAAGUUAUGGUGGUACCUCCAAUACCGUUGAGAAAACAACCACAGGGCAGGAGUUGACUGGUCAGCAACAUAAGGCGGCCUUAAAGGAUAAAAUAUCUGAAUUAUCACGUCAGUUGGUGUCACAGGAUACGAAACGUCUUACCGUCAGACGAAAGAUUAUCUGGCUAGAUUUCAAGUCGGCCAUGGAGACUAAAAUAGAUCCCAAAUCAUCACUUAAAGUUGUUUUCACUGGGGAGCCUGCUGUAGAUGACGGUGGACCGAAGAGAGAAUUAUUUUCAGGUAGGAUAAACACAAGUCAGCAUCAUGGAUAAAGUAAUAGAUUUUGAUUGUUAUUUUUUGACAUGGUAAGAAGUGUUAUAGCUCAGUCAGUUCCUCGAAUGAUCAUAUCUUCCAGGCGGAUAGCUACGCUGUUACUACCCCUUUAAAAAUCAAAGCAAUAUGAUCUUUUUAUUACACGACUCGGGCAGUCAGACAGGGCUUUCAAGACCUGUUAGGUGUCUGCUCCCUGAGCUCUCCCUGAAAGCGCCUUUGAGUCUAUGAAGAAUGUAAGUUCGAAUCAUCCCACAUAGCACCAUUACUUUACCAACAUAACUAACAUAACCUUGAUAAACUACCAUCCACAUGCCAGCUGAAGUUUGGACCGUAACUGAGAUAUUUCCUCUGAGAAAGUCUGCGCCUUCUCUCCUGCACUCCCACUGGGUCAACUUCCCAUAAAAUAGUUGCUACUUAGUGGCGAGGGACAUGAAUUUGAUGCACUAGCCUCAAAGAAUGCCACCAUGCUCUGUCUCCUAGUGAUUCACCAGAACCACUGUUUUCAUUCCUGAUUAUAUCACGCAACUGGUCAACAUCGACCUCGUUUCCUCUUCUUUUCAACCCACAAUCUCGCAGCCUGCGUGUAAGAGUACUUAAACUUAUUUUAAUACCGUGGUAGUCGACCAAGAAUUGCAAAAUAACCUCAUUUUCAUACCCAAGAUGAAAGUACUUUUGCAUUAGCGAUCGUUCGUCUUCCGCCAUUGCAACAUAGUAGCGCUCUCUCCAAUAUCUUAUGGAUGCCAAUGCGCACGCACAACUUUUCAUUCUUAAUUUGCUGGUUGUAUUUUUAGUUUGCA